CUACAAUAUUAUCUAGGGUUAGGGUUCAUUGUCUCUCUGAGCUUGGCUGAGGGUGAUUGGGGUUGGGAAUUUGAUCAAGAAGGGGAGCCAAGAUGCCGAAGAACAAGGGAAAGGGAGGAAAGAACCGGAAGAGAGGGAAGAACGAGGCGGACGACGAGAAGCGCGAGCUGGUGUUCAAGGAGGACGGCCAAGAAUACGCCCAGGUGCUCCGAAUGCUCGGCAAUGGCCGCUGCGAGGCCACGUGCAUCGACGGCACCAAGCGCCUCUGCCACAUCCGAGGCAAGAUGCACAAGAAGGUCUGGAUCGCCGCCGGCGACAUCAUACUCGUCGGCCUCCGGGACUACCAGGACGACAAGGCCGACGUUAUCCUCAAGUACAUGCCGGACGAGGCCAGGCUCUUGAAGGCCUACGGGGAGCUGCCGGAGAGCACCAGGCUCAAUGAGGGGAUUGCUGGUGGACUCGACGAGGAGGAUGAUGGUGCUGGUGAUGAUUACAUCGAGUUUGAGGAUGAAGAUAUCGAUAAGAUCUGAUUUAGGAUUCUGGGUUGUGGAAUAAAUCAACUGAUUUCUUGAUUUUCUGGAUUAAGAUGUUAUUUUGUGUAAUUCAGCAUAUCCGCUUGUUCGGGGAAAGAAAAUGAAAAUUUGCUUUUAGUUU